GGACACUGGACUACGCGGCAGUUCCCACCUUACCUUAGCGCGCUUUUGCUCCGUUCGACGUGACUUCGGCACUCUCACAACCACCCGUCGCGACGCCGUCUUCAUGCGCCUCCGUCACCGAUGAACGUCUCUCGGCCAUCCGCGAUCACCACGACUCUGAUUGCCGUAGCCGGCCCGUCUUCAUAGCCCGCCCGACCGAAUGAAAAUGACGACACCCUUGGCUUUAGAUUCCGCCCAUACGCUGCCAUGUCGUCACCGCCCCAUAUGCAGUCCUUUCGCGACUUGUCUCCCGCGGGCGCUCCCGGCAUGAAGCGUUCACGGUUCACGUAUCGUCACAUCCAGCAACUCGCUGCCUCGAGUACUUCGUGUCCGCUCAGGGUCAUUGCUCACCUGGAUCUCGAUUGCUUCUACGCUCAGGUAGAAAUGGUGCGACUAGGGAUACCAGACGACAAGCCCGUUGCCGUUCAGCAAUGGCAGGGAUUGAUUGCAGUCAACUAUCCUGCUCGUAGCUUUGGCAUCGGCCGGCAUUGCAACGUGUCGGAAGCAAAAAAGCUCUGCCCGGAUCUUAUACAUCAACACGUUGCAACAUGGAGAGAAGGCGAUGCCAAGUGGGAUUACCACCCGGAUGCCGCGGCCAACAUGGCGACGCACAAAGUGUCCUUAGACCCUUACCGACUUGAAUCCCGUAAGAUUCUGGCUAUCAUCAAAGAAGAACUCCCACCUCAUCUUCAAAAGGUGGAGAAAGCGAGCAUCGAUGAGGUGUUUAUGGACCUCUCGGCACAAGUGCACACUAUCCUGCUCGAACGUUUUCCCGAGCUUGCCAACCCUCCCCCAUACGAUGACCCGACCGAGAUGCUACCCAUGCCAUCCAUCACCGCUCUCGACUGGCAGGCUGAUGCGCUGGUAGACCUGCCAGACGAAAACGCUGAACUUGAGGAUCCGGACUGGGACGACGUGGCUAUUCUUAUAGGCUCAGAAAUUGUGCGCAAGGUGCGGAUAGCCAUCAAAGAUAAGCUUGGAUACACGUGCUCCGCAGGUGUAGCCUGUAAUAAGCUGUUGAGCAAGUUGGGCUCGGCUUACCGAAAGCCCAACCAACAGACGGUGCUUCGGAAUCGUUCAAUUCAGCAUUUUCUGUCCGACUUCAAGUUCACAAAGAUGCGGAACCUUGGCGGCAAGCUGGGCGAACAAAUCAGUCAGAUGUUUCACACAGACACGGUCAAAGACUUGCUCAGCGCUUCGGUGGAGCAGCUAAAAUCGAAGCUAGGCGAUGACACAGGCGUCUGGGUCUACAACACCGUGCGUGGGAUCGAUACCAGCGAGGUAAACCCGCGCGUCCAAAUCAAGUCGAUGCUGUCGGCCAAGUCCUUUCGUCCUAGUAUAACCUCCUUCGAGCAGGCUGUCAGAUGGCUGCGCAUUUUUGCCGCUGACAUUUUUUCCCGGUUGGUCGAAGAAGGUGUUUUGGAAAAUAAGCGGAGGCCUAAGACCAUCAAUCUCCAUCACCGUCACGGCACUCAAACCCGGUCACGUCAGGGUCCUAUCCCUCAAGGCCGUAAGCUCGACGAAGAGAGUUUGCUAGAGCUGGCCAGGAACUUGUUAAGCCAGAUUGUUUCCGAGGGUCAGGUUUGGCCAUGUUCCAACCUCAGCCUUAGCGUUGGAGGAUUUGAGGAUGGUGUCACUGGAAACAUGGGCAUUGGCGCUUUCUUGUUGAAGGGCGAGGAGGCUCAGGCAAGCAAGACGGGGUCAGGGACAGCGACGGUUGACUCUGAAACCGAGAUCCGCCCGGCAGAGAAGCGAAGGCGCCUGGAUAACGGCGGGAUAGAACGAUUUUUCGCAAAGAGAGAGUUAUCCCACGGUGCUAAUCCUGGGUUGGGCUCCGACGAUACGGCCAUCAGUGGUCAAAGCGGUCAAAGGUUGGGCACCCUGAAAGAGGAGGUCAUGUCAGGUGAGCCGGCCGGUUCAGAGGGGGUGGGCAAAGGCGAUGAGGUAUAUAACGGGAAGUCUGAAUCAGAACCCGGCCCAAUCAUCACAUUGACGUGCUCGCGAUGCAACGCCAGCCUCGAUAGCCCCGAGGAACUGCAAAGCCAUCAGGACUGGCAUUUUGCCAAAGAGCUCCAAGAACAAGAACGUGUCAGCCAGACAUUCGUCAAUCAGCCAUCAGCGUCUAGCUCGCGUGCCGGCAAUCAAAAAUCCACAAGCACGAUGCCGAAGCGACAAGGUAGACCUAAGAAGGUCGAGCGCGGGCAAAGCAAACUCAAGUUCGGUUGAACAGGCUAUCGCGAUUUUCAUGACACGAUGCCCUGAAAACGGCAAAGUGACAUGAGCGCACAGGUGGAGAAUUCAAUGCAUGAAUCCACAACACGACGCUUGAUAUCAAAAGGUGCCUCUGACCAAGCUAUUCAAGAUUGCACAUGCAGUCUUUGUGGAGGACGGUUUGCUCUUCAGAUUCGCUGCAGGUGUUCGUCUUCAGCUGCGCGACGGGAUUGACUACGGCAUCUCACCAAAGUCUGCGUUCUGGCGGUGACCGAGAAUCCAGGGACAAACCAAUCAAUGCUUGGACAGAUCCACGAUGCCCUUCUGGCAUUUAAUGGGUGGUAACGGGUCGGCAGUCUCACUUCCGAAAAUCUCGUGAAGCACAUUUUGCUACAUGGCAGCCGAAUCUAUGGGGAGGCUAUCAAGCUCCUAUACUUGUUGGAACGCCCUCUGGAAGAUAAAACUUCAAUCUGCGCGCAAUGAGUUGAGCUCGUGAGAGUUGCUGCUCGAUUUCCUCACAGGUCACUGAGAGACUCGUAAGUUUAAGGGACUUCCACGAAAGCAUCGGGAGACUGUUAUGGCAAACAUGGACCAUGACGGAAGCAAGAAAGCUCCAGACAAACGGACAAAAAGUGUCGUCAAUGUCUGUGUCUGAUUUGGCGUCCAGAUACUCGUCAUGAUCGGGGCCCUGUAUGACAAACUGGCGGAGACGGCAUGUGCCCCUUUGGUUGGUACACCAGAAUAAAAAUACGACGCAGGAGCAUGUUCUGCACUAGGGUUACUUGCCGAUGUGGGAAGAAAGGAUCAAUUCGGCCAUGAUCACUAGGGGCAGUGAGCGUGCUCAGAGCCAAACGGCCGCCUUGUUGUCGAGCUUACACCCUCACCAACCGAAGCAUCGGACAAAGCUGAUUGGCUGCGAGGAGACCCCAUCUCAUGCGGCAGCUUGCGGCGUUGCAGAAAGGUUGGGCUUCCAGACUUCCAGACGCAUUGAUACCCGAUUGUUGCCAGAACCCGCCCGUUCCCAGAUCCAUUGCUUCCCCAUUGCGUCUCCAUCACGAAGCCCACUAGAAAGUAUCUUCACACAGCCUUUCGCUAGCCCAAUUUGUCUUAAAUGCAUUUCAACCCGCGUGGAAGAAGCUACGGCAUGGGCAUAUAGGUCAUAAUUCCACACACGACGUCGGCGACCCAUUGGUAUGUGGAAACCAUGUCGGAUGCUCGAAAUGAUUUCUUGAAUUCUUGUCCUCACACAUGUCACGGCGACGAAGCGACUCUUUCAUCCAUGUGCCACCUUCAGCCUGUCAGCCAGCACUGUCUGGCGUCUGGCCCCGACCCUUCAGCUUUCGAUAUGUAAUCACAUUGGUUGUCCA